AUGACUCCCCUCACUCUCCUCAUCGCUGUAGUCGUCGCCAGCGCUACCAUGCUGACCUCAACGUUGGCGCUGCCUAGCCUCGACAAAUUGCAAGCCAGACUUGAAGCUGGACACGGACUCUUUCCCACGCUCUUACUGGGAGGCGCCGCUACAGUGGCAGAUGGCCUCUCCAACGCUGCCGAAAUCUACGGUAGCCAGCUGCGCGAUGAGUGGGUCGCAGAGAUCCUAGGCGAGGCGACCCCGACUCUGACCACCGGCGCACUUUCCGCGCUCCCUUUUCAAGGAGAAGCGCUGCAGAACAUCACCCUUUCGCUCGAGACGAUUCGCAACCUUACCAUCGAUGACCGCGAAUUGAAGUUCAACCAAGACGAUACGGGCAGUAUCCUGGUGAGCUUCAAGCCUCAAGUGUACCAGAAUCUGGUCGACGCGCUGGUGAAGAAUGUCACCAUCAAUGCUCGCAUCAAAGGAGGAAAUGGCAAUGCGAUCCAAGUCUCCUAUCGCUCUUCGAAGCUCAUCGAGGCGUGGGACCUGACUUUUGAGGCCCUCGGACCGCGUUUCCACAAGGGCAAAAGAGGCUCAGAAGUGUUCGAGAGCGGGUACGAUCAGAUCAAAGCUAGCCUGCAGAGCAUCGUGCGCGAGUUCGAGUCGACGUAUCAUCUACAACUCGACGGGUUGGAGAUGACCGAGCAGUCUUUGCACGCAGAUGGACGAGAGCACAAUCGAAAUGCGAACAAUAAGGCGGGCGAAGAACCUCCACCUCCUUUGAAAAAAGUGGCUCAGCUCAUGCGCUGAAUCGAAUAGCACCGCUAUACUCGUUAAAUCUGCCCCCAGCAAGUGCUAGACGGCGCAUAUAUACUGGUCUGGUAGAUAUCCACCCUAACAAAUC